AUGGAGCUGCCGACCUUCGACGUCAAGAAGCGGUCCUCAUCUAAGGAUGAGGGGGCUGCGCGCAGCCCCCGUGUCAAAGCAGCGGCGCUAACAGCUUUGCUAGCGGCGACAGCUUUCGCGGCGCUAGACUAUCGGAGGCGCCACCCGCCCCCGCCCCCGCCACCGCUAGAACCGGGCCAGAUCCUGACCUGCGGCCUGCGGCACGGGAGUUUUUGGCCCUGGUAUUACGCGGUCGCCGAAAACACGCAUACUCCGGCGCCGCACGUGGUCAAUGACCUCGUCAUCAGUAUAACGACGCAGCCGGAGCGGGCCGAAGCGCUGCCGAUCAUGCUGCGGAGCUUAGUCGCGGGCAAGACGGUUCCUGGAGCUAUAUACGUUGUGGAUAGUCACGAGCGCCCGAACGCGUGUCCUCAUUACUUCUCGCGGAACCGAGACAAGCAGCACACCGUCGACGUGCAUUUCGUGCGCACGGCUUCCGACCGAGGCCCGAUUGAGAAGUAUAUUGGUAGUCAAGACGCGAUCCGCAAAACUCGCAAGACGAUGCCCCGCUUUUUAUUAGUGCUGGACGACGACCACGAAUAUAAUCAACAUGUCGUCGAGAGGUACUCGAAGGCCUUACGGGCGUCGCCGUCGACCGUCUUCACGGUCCAAUCACCACCGUCUCAAUUAAACUUUAGGCCGCGCUUUCCCGUGGCCUACGGUUCUAGAGGUGUUGGAAUACGAUUAGACUUAGCGUUGGACGGCGCCCUCGCAGCCUAUGCGGCCAUGGCGUCUCGUCUAGAACCUACUUGCCGCGUGGUGGACGAUAUAGUUGUUUCAGCAUUUCUAGCAGCGCGAGGUAUCACGGUCAAAGACGUGCCCGGCUUCUCGUUUGAAAAUAGGCCCUGGCAGUCGAAUCGGCAGAUCCACGCGUUGUCGAAGAAGAAGCAAUUACGUAGUAGUGAUAGAGAUGCGCAGAACGGGCGGUGCCACGACGCGUUAGUAAGGCGCAACUGGCGCUGGGCGCGCGCGGCGGCGCUGCGCGGUCCAGAAGCGCAAAUCCGCUUUACCAGGGGAGCGGGAGCUUCCGCUGCUUCCGGUCUUCGGGAGCGGAGGAUUGAACCAUAUGAGUCCUUGGUUUGGACACCCUUUCAAAUGGCGCCCGCCGUGCGCCGUACAUAG